AUGAGCUACGCCACCGCCACGGCCUUGCGCCGCCUGUUGACCACGUCCUCCCGCCAGUCCUACCUCCGCCAGAGCCCCUUCCUGCGCCCGCUCUCCUCGUCGGCCCGCUCCUCGCGCGCCGCGCCCGACUACUACGCCACGCUCGGCGUGCCGCCCACCGCCUCGCAGGCCGACAUCAAGAAGGCGUACUACCGCCUGGCCAAGUCGCACCACCCGGACUCGGGCUCGGGCUCCGACGCCUCGGCCUUUGCGGAUCUCUCGCACGCCUACGAGACGCUGUCGGACCCGCGCAAGCGCCAGCUCUACGAUGCGCACGGCCCCGAGGGCGUGAACGCCGCGGACGCCAACAUGCACCCCGGCGGCCCGGGCUUCGCCGGCGCGGCGAACGUCGAGGACAUCCUGCGCGAGUUUGGUCAGUUCUUUUCCGGCGGCGACGCCCCGCGCACCGCCGUCGACGAUCCGUUGCCCGGCGAGGAUAAGCAGGCCGUCGUCACCCUCAGCUUGCGGGAUGCCGCGUUCGGCGUCGUGAAGGAUGUGCGUGUGCACGCAAACAGGACGUGCGCCAAGUGCUCGGGGUCCGGGAAGACGGAGAAGACCACGGUUAAGAGCUGCCCGCAGUGCGGUGGGCAGGGACGCGUCCGCCGCAACGGCGGCAUGUUCCAGACGGUCAUCAUGAGCUGCCACCGUUGCGCUGGUAGCGGCAGCGUCCUGGAGGACCCCUGCGGCUCUUGCGAGGGCAGCGGCGUCACCUCGGGUGUCAGGGACAACUCUGUAUCGUUUCCGCCGGGCUGCGAUACCGGCAUGGUGCUUCGCGUCCCGGGCGGAGGAGGUGCUGGAGCGAGGAUGGGACCGCCGGGCGAUUUGUUCAUUCAAGUCAGGGUCGCAGAAGAUCCCUACUUUCAUAGAGACGGCAGGGACUUGCAUGUCGUUGCCCCGAUUAGCAUUGCGCAGGCCGCUCUAGGGGGCAAGGUCAGCGUCAAAACCCUGGAUGGCGAAGAGAGUGUUAGAGUAAGAACGGGCACCCAGCCGGAUGACACACACAAGCUACAUGGAAGGGCCCUGAGAGGCGUUAAUGAUCCUAAGAGGGGGGACCAGUUUGUCCACUUUAAGGUUGUUGUGCCAGAAACGUUGUCAGAGAAGCAAGAGGAGCUAUUGCAGCAAUUAUUGGAACUGGAGGGCGGCAAGAUCACAAGACCGGAAGAGUGUGAUUCGAGGAGCUUGUUGCAACGGUUUCAGCGGUUUUUGAGAGGCACCAUUGGAGGCGGAAAUUGAAUGGCCACGUGAUCAUCGUUGAUUGAAAAACUACAACCACAAUUGCCACGGGUGCGGAAGACUGCUGAUGGAAGUUGGUGUCUAUGUUUACUGCGCGCGCCAUUGUCCUAUCGUUUGCGUGCCACCGAGCAGAGGGUGGAGACGGCUGGUCGUUGAGGAAGUGCGUCGGAUCCGGAAAGAAUGUCCCCCUCCCCAUCUUGUGUUGCCUCGCAUGUUUUAUGCACGUGGGGCCGUUGUUUUGGGUCUUAAGAGUCCAGUCCAAUCGAGUAGUUGCCGCAUACCGUAUUACCUACAAUAUUAUUAACGGCAGCGACAAUAGCGACGAAAAGGUUGCGCAUCUCUUCGGCAGAAAACGCCUCAGACGACCGACUAGCACACAACAGCCUUUCAGAAAACAUCCAAUUUACUUCAGUGGAACCCGCGAGUCCUUCCUGCCUCUCACAAGAAAAGCGACACCCAUGGUUGACAGAAAGGAAGCAAACAUUCAGUAGUCAGAAAGCGAGGACCACAUGCGUGCUGGUACUGGUGCCAUGUGCAAUAUGUAAAAGUUUAAAAGAUUUGCAGAGUCGGUCGGCGA